AUGACCACCAAAAAUGUGAUCGAGGAGGCGAACAGCACAGACAUUGCGCCGAAUGGCCUACCGGCAGGUUGCCGUCUAGCAGAACUGGUCCAGUACGACUGCGCGCUCAAAGGUGAGCAGGUGGUGUGCAAGCCCAUCGAGCGCAUCUUCAAAGUAUGUUCGGGUCGACCUGCAGUAGAGGUCACGCGUGUUGUGGAAUGGGAUGCAAAUGACAAGCCAGUGCUGCCAAAACGCUACAGGUCAGUGGUCUCGCCUUGUGCUCGAGGAGGGAAUCCUGUGCUUCAGCUGCGCUUGGGGACGUCACGCCAAUGUCGCAUCAUUGGAAGGACUUUCGCAAGACAGCGUAGUCCAUCUUCAGAGGAGAGCGAACCGGCACAGACCACGUUGAUAUCCGCGCAGAGUGCCACCCGUGCGCAGAUGCCAUCUUCGCACGGAAGCAAUCACGCUGCACAGGUCAACGAGGCGGUCAGGGACUGA